GCCGCGCGUCUGUGUGGCGCCCUCCCCCUCUGGACGCGGAGCCGCUGGGACAGCGCGGCGGCCGGCGCGGGGAGGAGGAGGAGGCGGCCCUGGCGCCAUUUUGUGGGGACGAAGCGGCGGGCUCUGCUGGGCUGCUGCUGUCCGUUUCCCCGGCGGGUGUCCUAGCUGCGGCCUAGCCGACAGACACAGCAGACAAGAUGUCCGAGUACAUCCGAGUAACUGAAGAUGAAAACGAGGAACCCAUCGAGAUCCCGUCGGAGGACGACGGGACGGUGCUGCUGUCCACGGUCACGGCCCAGUUCCCCGGCGCGUGCGGCCUGCGCUACCGCAACCCCGUGUCUCAGUGCAUGCGUGGGGUGCGGCUGGUGGAGGGCAUCCUGCACGCCCCCGACAAUGGCUGGGGAAACCUGGUAUAUGUGGUGAACUACCCCAAAGAUAACAAGAGGAAAAUGGAUGAGACUGACGCGUCGUCGGCCGUGAAGGUGAAGAGGGCGGUCCAGAAGACGUCUGACCUGAUCGUGCUGGGCCUGCCCUGGAAGACGACCGAGCAAGAUCUCAAGGACUACUUCAGCACCUUCGGAGAAGUCCUUAUGGUGCAGGUCAAAAAAGAUAUUAAAACGGGUCAUUCCAAAGGGUUUGGCUUUGUUCGUUUUACGGAGUAUGAGACCCAGGUGAAAGUGAUGUCACAGCGGCAUAUGAUAGAUGGGCGAUGGUGUGACUGUAAGCUCCCCAACUCGAAGCAAAGCCCGGAUGAGCCGCUGCGGAGCCGGAAGGUGUUUGUCGGGCGCUGCACGGAGGACAUGACGGCCGACGAGUUACGGCAGUUCUUCUGCCAGUACGGGGAGGUGGUGGACGUCUUCAUUCCCAAGCCUUUCCGAGCUUUUGCCUUUGUCACGUUUGCGGAUGAUCAGGUUGCCCAGUCUCUGUGUGGAGAAGACUUGAUCAUUAAGGGGAUCAGCGUCCACAUAUCCAACGCCGAGCCUAAGCACAAUAGCAAUAGACAGUUAGAGAGAAGUGGAAGAUUUGGUGGUAAUCCAGGUGGCUUUGGGAAUCAGGGUGGCUUUGGGAACAGUCGAGGGGGUGGAGCUGGCUUGGGGAACAAUCAAGGCAGUAACAUGGGCGGGGGGAUGAACUUUGGGGCGUUCAGCAUCAACCCAGCCAUGAUGGCCGCGGCGCAGGCCGCCCUGCAGAGCAGCUGGGGAAUGAUGGGCAUGUUGGCCAGUCAGCAGAACCAGUCCGGCCCAUCGGGCAAUAACCAAAGUCAAGGCAACAUGCAAAGGGAACCCAACCAGGCCUUCGGCUCUGGAAACAACUCCUACAGUGGCUCCAACUCGGGGGCAGCAAUUGGCUGGGGCUCAGCGUCCAACGCAGGCUCAGGCAGUGGUUUCAAUGGCGGCUUUGGUUCCAGCAUGGAUUCCAAGUCUUCUGGCUGGGGAAUGUAGACAGUGGGCUGUGGUAUGGAAUGGUGGGAAUUCAGAUUUUUCUAAGCUCAUGGUAAGUAUAUUGUAAAAUACAUAUGUACUAAGAAUUUUCAAAAUCGGUUUGUUUGGUGUGAAGUAUAUUCCGCAGUAUUUUUGACAUUUUUCUUUAGGGGAAAAAAAGGAAGAGCUAAAGGAAUUUUAUAAGUUUUGUUACAAAAAGGGUUGAAAUAUUGAGUGGUUGAAAGUGAGCUGCUGUUUGCCUGCUUGGUAAACCAACACACUACAAUUCAUACCGAAAGGUUCCUCCUGUAAUGUUUAUCCCUGGACUUGCCGAGUGAAUCCUUUGCAUGUUCCAAGUGGAAGCCAUUGAUUUGGAGCUACAUUCUUUUCUCUUUGGUUUAAUUUGAACCCCACCAGAUGGAUUUUUUUCCCUUAGGAGAUUGAUGGUGUCACAGUGUUUGGUCCGUUGGGUUUUGCGUUUUUAACACUUGUCUACCCUCACAUACAAAAGUACGAUAUGAAGCCUUCGUUUAAUCUCUGCAGUUCAUCUCAGUUCAAAUGUUUCUGGAAGAAGCACUUCAUUGAAAGUAGUGCUGUAAAUAGUCUGCCAUAGGAAUGCUCUGCACGCUCUCCGCCCAGGAGCACGCCCUCGGCUGCGCAGGCCGUGUCCUUGACGGUGGGUGUCCCAUUUCUAUCCGCUACUCUUUAUUUCAUGGAGUCGUAUCAACGCUGUGAACGCAAGGCUGUGAUAUGGAACCAGAAGGCUGUUUGAACUUUUGAAACCUUGUGUGGGAUUGAUGGUGGUGCCGAGGCAUGAGAGGCUAGUAUGAUCGGGGAAGGAGAGCGCGUGCAGAGACCUGGUGGUGCAUAAUGGAUAUUUUUUAACUUGGCGAGAUGUGUCUCUCCAUCCUGUGGCUUUGGUGCGAGAGUGUGCGGAGAGCAAUGAUAGGAAAUAACGUACGAAUGUUCUUGCAUUCAAAGGACAUCCACCUCUGUUGGAAGACUCGAAGUGAGUUUUGUUCCUAGAUAAGCCACCUUAGCUGAAUGUGUUAAGUGAAACGACACUUGUAUCUCCCUGCCCCUCUGUCAAUUGCUGUGAAUGCUGUAUGGUGUGUGUUCCCGCUGUUCCUGACCUGUACGUGUGGGCAUGUGGACUGGAGCUGCUGGGGUGAGCACAUGGACUGAGCUUGGGCUGUGCUUUGCAGGAGUCCUUGGAAGCGGAGUUCAGCAGUGAGCUCAGGUGGCUCCGAGAAGGGUGGAAGUUCCAAUGUCUGUUAGCUACCCAUACGAAUGCUGUUUGCUGCAGUUCUGUGUCCUGUGCUUGGAUGCUUUUUAUAAGAGUUGUCAAUGUUGGAAAUUCUUAAAUAAAACUGAUUUAAAUAA